GCAUGCCGAGACUCGCUGUCGUUAUCGGCGGAAGGGAAAGAGCUGACGUGCUCGGUGUGUCGCCCCGUAGUAUUUUGACAGUGGCGAUGAAUGUCAUGGCACAGGAUGAGAGGAACCAGCUCGUGCGCAGGAGGAUGCUCGACUUGCACGAUGUCCGUGUGGGAACGGUUCCGCACGAUUCACCCUGGUUGAGAAGCGUUCGCCUGAAUUACACGCAAGACGGCCGACAUAAAGAGUGGGACGUGAUAAGGAUCCACGACAGUGUGAGUAUAGUAGUCUUCAACACGACUCGGAGGAAGCUGGUGUUCGUCAGGCAAUUCAGGCCGGCAGUCUAUUACGCGGUCCUGCCAAAAAAUAGAUACGACACGGUCGAUUUGGAGCGCUAUCCCGCGACACUAGGGCUAAGCCUGGAGCUCUGCGCUGGCAUCGUGGACAAGCCUAAGCCUCUCGUCGAGAUAGCAAGGGACGAGUUGAAGGAGGAGUGCGGCUACGAAGCACCCGCCUCGGCCUUCAGACAAAUUUCUACCUAUGUGUCCAGCGCCUCUGCCAGCGCGCAACAAACUCUUUUCUAUGUGGAAGUCACAGACGAUAUGCAGGUACAUCCUGGCGGUGGUGACGAGUCCGAGGGCGAACUCAUAGAAAUAGUGGAAUUGAGCAUUCCGGAAACGAGGGAUUACAUAAAAUCCAAGGAGGUACGGAGUCCCGCCAGCUUCCUCUUUGGUAUCUCCUGGUUUCUACUUAAUAAACCUGAACACUGUUCUUAGAUUAAAACUAAAGAUCAUCCUGCUUGGUAAUCUAAAAUAAAAUAAAGAAACUGCAAAUUAGUCACAUGUAAAAAAAAA